AUGCUCACUUAUAAUGAUAUUUAUAAGAAUAUGUUAAAAAAUAACAUUCUAAUAGAAGAACGUCUUCAAGUUCUAAUGGGAGCUGCUUCUCUAACUAAAGCUGCUUCUUUAACUGAAGCUUCUUUUCUAACAGGACCAAAAAAAUCACAAGAAAUAAAUAUAAGAACUUUUGCAGAUGUGGAAUCUUUUGAAGAAACUGGUAAGAUUGAAAUUGAUAAUGAAGGAAUAGACCAAAUUGAAGAAAUUAAUAAAGUUGAUGAAACUGGUGAAAUUAGCGAUAAUGCUGAAGACAAAAUUAAAGAAACUAGGGCAGAUGAGAUUAG